AUGGCAUCUGAAGAUAUCCGUAGAAUCAUUGUAGAUGAUGAAAGGCCAAAGUGGGAUAAUAAAGUCCAAUAUCUUUUAAGCUGCAUUGGAUUUGCCGUAGGCUUUGGAAAUGUAUGGCGCUUUCCAUACUUGUGCCAGACCUAUGGUGGAGGGGCAUUCUUAAUUCCAUAUGUCAUCGCGCUUUUCUUGGAAGGAAUCCCAAUAUUUCAUCUUGAACUGGCCAUAGGACAACGCUUGAGAAAAGGCAGCAUUGGAGUCUGGACUCAGAUCUCACCUUAUCUGGGAGGACUUGGUUACGCUUCUAUGACAGUGGCUUUCUUAGUGAGCGUCUAUUACAAUAUGAUUUUGGCCUGGGUAAUGUGGUAUUUUGCCAACUCUUUCAGAGAACCCUUACCUUGGAGUUCUUGUCCACAAGAUGUCAGCAAACCAGAACUCACCGAAGAAUGUUUCCAAAGCACUGCAUCCAGUUUUUUUUGGUAUAGACACACUUUAAAUAUAAGCCCAGACAUCACAGAGAGUGGUCCAUUACUGUGGUGGUUGGUUCUAUGCUUGGCCAUUUGCUGGAUAAUUGUGUUUAUCUGUACAGUCCGAGGAAUUAAAUCAACUGGAAAGGCGAUAUAUGUUACAGCCACAUUUCCUUACCUCAUGCUGACGAUUUUCCUUUUUAAUGGACUGACUCUUCCCGGAGCUAGUGAAGGGCUGAUCUACCUCUUCACUCCUGAUGUGACCAUCCUCAAAAAUCCAUAUGCGUGGCUUGACGCUGCCACACAGAUUUUCUAUUCUCUUUCUUUAGCAUUUGGGGGACACAUCACAUAUGCAAGCUACAACCCGCAAAAAAAUGACUGUGAAAAGGAUGCUAUUGUGAUUGCAGUGGUGAACAGCCUGACGUCUAUGUAUGCCUCAAUCCCAGUUUUUUCUGUUCUGGGGUUCAAAGCUACAAUGAACUAUUGGGACUGCUUGGAUAGCAAUAUUAAAGACCUCAUGAAUGAAUUUAAUCUGGGGCAGAAAAACUUCACAAGAGACAACUAUGCCAUUUGGCUUGAGUCCCUGAAGGCGUUAUCUUCGCAAAGAGUGGCUGCACUCAGACUGAAAAAAUGUGAUCUUCAACGUUUCCUGGAUGAGGGUGCUUCUGGAACCGGCUUGGCCUUUAUUACGUUCACGGAAGCCGUCAUUCGGAUACCUGGAGCCCAAGCUUGGUCGAUUCUGGUUUUUAUCAUGCUAUUCACUCUGGGCCUUUCAUCUAUGUUUGGACUCAUUCAAAGUAUCUUGACAUGUUUCACAGAGUUCCGCAUUAUGUCUAAGUACUUUCCCAAAGAGGCUGUAUGUGGUAUGAUAUGCUUUGCCUCCUUUUUGCUGGGUCUGUGCUUUACUCUGAGAUCAGGGAGCUACUGGCUUGAGGUGUUUGACAACUAUGCAGCGGCCAUACCUCUGUUGAUCAUUGCUUUCUUUGAAGUGAUUGGAGUUGUCUUUAUUUACGGAAUGAAAAGGUUCUGUGAUGAUGUGGCAUGGAUGACGGGACGGCAACCAAAUUUGUACUGGAAGGCAUCAUGGCAAUUCAUCAGUCCUGUAUUAAUGUUCACAGUAUUUUUGGCCUGCUUAGCUGUUCAGAAGCCCCCAAGCUACAAUGCAUGGAACCCUAACUAUGAAGAUUUUCCGGCAAAAGAGCUGAAAAUUUAUCCUAAGUGGGUUGUGUUCAUCUGUGUCAUGCUGGCAACCGUACCAUGUCUAUUCAUCCCAUUUGGAGCCAUUUACCGUUUUGGGAAAGUUGUGCUGAAAAAGAAGGAGAAGCAAGUGCUACAUCCUUCUAGCAACUUUGUGACCAAAUGA